CUCAACUUUUUUUUGUUUCUCUCUCUACUUUCUUUCUUUCUCUCUCCUCUCCGAAAGACAAAUUAAAAACCAGAGGACAAAAAGAAGAAGAAGAAAUAAAAAAAAAAGCAAAUGGAACUCGUCGACGUUUUGUUCUACUCUCUCUUUCUUCUUCCUCUCUCUUACUUCCUAUGGAGGCUCUUCGACCGCCGGAGAAACCAAUCCUGCUACAUCCUCGACUACGAGUGCCAGAUGCCGCCGGAGGAUAGGAAGCUUUCCACCAAAUUCUCCGGCGAGAUCAUCAUCCGUAACAAGCAGCUCCGGGUCAACGAGUACAAGUUUCUUCUCAAGGCAAUCGUCAGCUCCGGCAUCGGGGAGGAGACGUACGGCCCGAAGAUGGUGUUCGACGGCCGGGAAUCCUCGCCGUCGCUCGCCGACGGGAUCCUGGAAAUGGACGAGUUCUUCACCGACACCAUCGACAGGCUGUUCAAGAGGACCGGAAUCCACCCGUCGGAGAUCGACGUGCUCGUGGUCAACAUUUCCAUGAUCGCCACGCUACCUUCUCUCUCCUCCAGGAUUGUGAACAUGUACAAGAUGAGAGAGGAUAUCAAGGUGUACAACCUCACCGGAAUGGGGUGCAGCGCCAGCUUGGUCUCCGUCGACAUCGUACGGAACAUCUGCCGGAAUCAGAAGAACGUGCAGGCGCUGGUGGUUACGUCGGAGUCGCUGAGCUUGAACUGGUACAACGGCAACAACAGAUCCAUGAUUCUCGCCAACUGCCUCUUCCGCACCGGCGGCUGCGCCAUGAUCCUGACGAACAAACCCUCGUUGAAGCACAGAGCCAUGUUCCGCCUCAAAACCCUAGUCAGAACCCACCACGGCGCCAGGGACGAGUCGUACGGCUGCUGCGAGCAGAAGGAAGACGAAAAGGGCUUCGUCGGCAUCUACCUCGGCAAGAAUCUCCCCAAAGCCGCAACCCGAGCAUUCGCCGACAACCUGAAAGUCAUCGCCCCCAAGAUCCUCCCGGUGCGCGAGCUCCUCCGCUUCGCGGCGGUGCUGAUUUUCCGAAAACUCCGCCAAAAAUGGAGCAAGGCCGCCGCCGCCGCCGCGGCGGCGGCGGCGCGGCCGAUGAUAAACUUCAAGACCGGGGUGGACCAUUUCUGCCUCCAUACAGGUGGGAAGGCGGUGAUAGAUGGGGUGGCGCAGAAUCUAGGGUUGAGUGAGUAUGACGUGGAGCCGGCGAGGAUGACGUUGCACAGGUUCGGGAACACGUCAGCAAGCAGCGUGUGGUACGUGCUGGCGUACAUGGAGUCGAAGAAGCGGUUGAAGAAAGGGGACCGGGUUUUUAUGAUAAGCUUCGGGGCCGGGUUUAAAUGCAACAGCUGUUUGUGGGAGGUGAUGAGGGAUUUGGAGGGCAAAAACGUCUGGGAAAAUUGUAUUGACAGGUACCCUCAGAAGAAUCUCGCCAAUCCAUUCCUGGAGAAGUUUGGAUGGCUUCACGAAAAAGAUGGCGACACGUAUUCCAUUCCCGAUGAUUACGUAGUACCUGAAUGAAUUAAUUCUUCUUUUUUUUUUCUUUUUUUCUUUUUUUCUUUUUUCUUUUCUUACUAUGCAGUACUCUGUGUUAUGAUAUUAUAUUUUUACAUUUGAUCGUAUAGCAUUUCCAUAUAGGUUUGAUUAUAUAAAUUUUUGCUUUUUGAUCUU